CUCUGCUGUACACGAUGAACAAAAUCAUAGUCUAUGACAAAACAGACUUCCAGGGUCUUAGCAAAGAGUUAACCUCCAAUGUACCCGACCUAAGAGACUGCAAUUUUAACGACUGCAUCUGUUCACUGAAGGUGAUUGGGCAACCUUGGGUGGUGUACCCAGAUGCUAACUAUGCUGGUUACCCAAAUGUCUUUGAGGAAGGAGAAUACGCCAAGGUGGAUAUGGGUAAAAAAAUCUCGUCAAUGGAAAUGGUAACCGAGGACCUGGCAGAUCCUCAGAUCACCCUGUAUGAAGGUCCAGACUACCAGGGCCGGAGCCUCGUCCUCACCUGUGAGACUAACCUGUGUCAUGGAUCCUUCAACGAUACAGCGUCUUCUCAUAAGGUGCAGAGGGGAGCCUGGGUCCUCUACCAGCACAGAGACAGAGGCGGAUAUAUGAUGGUGGCCCGAGCUACCCACGAUGUACCUCAGUACAGCUGGUUUGAUAACCGGGUGUCCCACCUGCGGCCUCUGAAGGCAGGGAGGUCCAUCAUCAACUCUGAGCUCCUCUGGGACAAGAAGGCAGUGCAGGUCAAAUCUUCCAUUAUCGACUCCAUAUGUGGGGUGAACCAUGGAAAACACGAGCAAACCCUCUCCACGGAGCUGACCCGAGAGUACACAGGCACCGUAACCGAGAGCUUCAGCUUCAGCAAUUCUACAGGGAUCAGCUGGGGAACAAAGUUUGAAUUAAACCUGGGUAUGAUGAGAGCAGAGCAGGGCAUCUCUCUGAAUAACGUCUUCACUGUGGAGAAGGGAAGCAGCAACACGAAAACGGAGAACACGAGCGUCCGAGUCACCCUGCCAGCCAAAAUCCCUCCCCACACCAAGCUCACGGUGAACGUGGUGCGGAAGGAGGUGGACAUGAAGGUCCCAGUCAAGCUGACCGUCUCUACAGGGUCACGCACUAUGGUUGAGUUUGGGGAGUACAGGUGUCAGUCCGGGAGCUUGAUUUCUACAGAAUUCAAGGAAGAGAAGAUCUAG